AUGAGCCAGGAAUUCGACGCAUUUUCUCAGAAAGUUGGUAUAACUUCCCUUGAAGAAGCAAAGCACCACCUUCAAAACCUUGGUCCUGUACCUACACUUCCCGAUCCCGCGGAAAUUGAAAAUCGCAAAUUGGUAGAGCAAGAGGAGAACAAGAUCAUCCAAGAGGAGCACAAGUCCAUCAGACGUGAUUCCGUGAGCUUUUUGAAGCGUCGCACUUCUGAGCGCAAGACCAACCUCGCCACACCAACUUUGACAAUCACAACCGAAAGCUUGAGAAACUCGCCAAUGCUUUCUCCAGCAAUCUCUCCAGCACGCUCCCCAACACCACCCGAUUCUGCUGUGACACUCAUGGAACUGGCAGCUUCAAUUUUGGGUUCGAGUUGCACUGCAAAUAUGGUCGCCUCCCCUGAUACUCUUCAAUCUGGUAAAGAGCAGACUGUUUCAGUCCGCGAUACACCUAUCACAGCGUAUGCUGGACCUUUUGGCAUUCGCAACCUUGUUCUGACUCCAAUUGAGCAAGCAAAUACUACCAGCCAAGGCCAAGCAGAUGAGUAUGCUGCUAAGAACGUUACGUCACCUUCUAGCGGAUCAGCUACACCUGUAUUUCCUCCUCGUGUCUCCAGCAUGGCCCCACCCCCACCAACUGUCGUCGCUAGCUGGGUAGGUGACGGGUAUACUUCGAAUUACGGAACUCCACCAACUUCAGCUGCACAGACAGUGGGAGCACACCCUUGGCAAAAGAAAACUGCUAGCUUUACAGUUACUCCUAUUAUCCCUUCUUCUAGCCAACCGGACACUCUCAAGUGGUUGUCUGUUGCCUCAGUUGAUUCCUCUCACACUUCUAUAGCUGGUAGUCGCGAGUCUACUUCAAAUCUUAUCUCUAGCAGUGAUGGCUCCGAGUUUGAGUUUGGCAAGAGAAGUGCUAAUAAUAGUCCUGUUGCAGAAAUGGAGCUUGAACGCAAGAAAACCAAACCUGAUACCCCUGAUGCUGAUGCUGAUGGAGUCGAGAGCUCUGAUGGUAUCAGCGGUGUGCCUCCACAACAGUAA